AUGCCUACGAGCGUUUCUGUUCAGAACUCCUUGGUAACUGCGGGUGAACUUAGACCUACGCUACCCGCUCUUGAAGCUUGGAGAACUGUUCCGCUCGAGACACUAGUUCGAGCUGCGAGCGAUCGGCUGUGCCUCUGGGACUACCAGAGGCAUGCCCCGGCGCUUACUUUCUUCCAAGUCUGGCAAACAAGACUCUUACUGCAAAAUGUUUACAUGAAUCGGGACCCCUACGUUUUGCCUCUUCGCGGAGCUGCGGUUCUUAGUCUUAGGCGGCUCUGGGGACAGAACAGCUCGGAUACGCCACGACUGCGACUUUCUGCGCGCCUGCGGCUGCAUCCCACCGAAGGUGCCUGCGAUGGCGAGGCUGCGGAUCAGGACAGUGGCAACGACUUUGGUUGGAGUGGAAGCAAACAGACUUGGAGACAAAGAUGGCUGCCGCCUUUUCUCAACUGGCACCGUGCAGGCGAACGUAGGUCUGUAGGAGGAGACUGGGACAGCAACCGCAAGAGCUCCUUAGUAAACACGGAGCAAUUUAGGCUGCCUGGGCGGCUGUAUUUGAAGCUAGGAACAACGAUUGACCUGCCGGGUCUCAUGCUUUGGGAAAGUGCUGCAGAGCGAAAUCGGCGGCGUUUGUAUUCCACAGCUCUACGAGAACGUUCAUCGACCUGGUGGGGCUUCGAAUGGGACUUCAUGCGAUGUCUUGGAGCGUUCCAAGGAUGCGCUGCUAGUGCAAAUCGAAAAUGGAUGAACUCUAACGCCCAGCUCUCGCAUUGGUUCCUACACGCUUCUUGGAUUCCUACGAAUUCGGAUGCACCGUGGCACCUUGUUGCUGGUGUACAGCACAGAUUUCGCGUUGCGAAACCGAGAAAAUCGCAUCGUAGGAGUCGCCGAUCGUAUUCCGCCCCAACGAAGGAGACUGGUUUCUUUCAACUCACACUCAGGCUAGGAUUUGACCUAAUGCGCAGUGAAAUAUACCUGACUCCGGUCGCUGAUGGCACGUACUUCUAG